GGGCUGGCCAUGGGGGAUGCAUAAUGCAGGAGUGAGUGACAGCGGGCGGGCGAGCGGCAGGCUGGCUGGCGGGCGAGUCCACGGGACGCUGAUGUCCACAUCCCCGGGUCUAGGGAUGCCCUCUGCCUAUUCAUUAGUUACACUUCUUUUAGCAUUAUCCCUCAGUUUUAUCUCUGGAGAAACAGAAGUCAAGUUCACUGGACAAACAGAAUUUGUAGUUAAUGAAACAACAACAACAGUUAUACGUCUUGGUAUUGAAAGGACAGGAGAACCAGUGAAUGUCACAGCGAUUGUAUCAAUUCACGGUGAAAAUACUGGGGACUUUUUCGACACAUACGCAGCAGCAUACAUAUCUGAGGCAGAAACAAAUCGAACAGUGUACAUUUCUGUGUGUGAUGAUGAUCUUCCAGAGGCUGAUGAGACAUUUAUAUUUUAUUUGACAUUACAGAAGCCACUUCCAGGAGUAACACUUGGAUUGCCCAGAGCUGUAACUGUAACGAUUUUAUCAAAUGACAAUGCCUUUGGAAUCAUUUCUUUUGAUAUGCCUGCCUUAAUCACACUGACGGAGCCCAGAGGUGGAAAUGAAUCUGUGCCUCUCACUCUAGUUAGGGAAAAGGGAACCUAUGGGACAGUGACUGUGAUUUAUGAGGUAGAAGGUGGUCCAAAUUCUCCUGAAGAAGACUUGAGACCUGUAAGGGGAAAUAUCACCUUUUCUCCAGGCACAGCUGUAUUGGUUUAUAACUUAUUUGUUCUUGAUGACCAGAUACCCGAAGAUGAUGAAAUAUUUUUUAUUCAUUUGAGAAGUGUAGAAGGGGGAGCUGAAAUCAAUGCAUCAAGAAAUUAUGUUGAAAUUAUUAUUAAGAAAAAUGACAGUCCAGUGCGAUUCACUCAAAGUCUUUAUAUGGUACAUGAAGAGGAUGAUAUACUAAUAAUACCAAUAGUUCGGGGUAAAGAUGAUGGUGGAAACUUAAUUGGACCAGAUGAGUAUGAAGUCUCCAUUCGCUACAUCAUUGUAACUGGGAAUUCAACAGCUCAUGCGCAGCUUAAUUUGGACUUCCUGGACCUACAGCCAAACACAACUAUUAUUUUUCCACCCCUAGUGCACGAAUCUUAUAUUAAAUUCAAAAUCCUUGAUGAUGCCAUACCAGAAAUUGCUGAGACAUUUCAUAUCAUGCUACUUAAGGACACCUUACAAGGAGAUGCCAUUUUAACAAACCCAUCCAUUGUCCAAGUUACUAUUAAACCCAAUGAUAAACCUUAUGGAGUACUGUCUAUCAACAGCAUCUUGUUUACUCUGACAGUUGUUAUUGAUGAAGAUCAAAUGUUAAGGUAUGAAGGCAUCACAGUUGUAAGGAAUGGUGGAACGCACGGAAAUGUUUCGGUUUCCUGGAUUAUAACCCGCAACAGCAGUGAUCCUUCACCUGUGACUGCAGACAUCACUCCAGACUCAGGGGUGUUACAUUUUUUUCAAGGGCAGCUAUUGGCAUCGCUUCCUCUGAACAUUAUUAAUGACGACUUUCCUGAAGAAGCACAACCAUAUCUGCUUACAAUUCUGGCUCACACAAUACAGGGAGGGGCAGAAGUGAGUGAACCAGCUGAGCUUUUGUUCUACAUUCAGGACAGUGAUGAUGUUUAUGGUGUAAUAAAAUUCUACCCUUUGGAGAAUCAGAGGAUAGAAAGCAGCCCAGAUGGACGGUUUUUGUCCCUUAGCUUUGCAAGGCAAAAAGGAACAGUGGGAGAUGUGAAGCUGUCUUAUACCAUCGUGUAUAUUCCUGCUGGGCCAGUGGAUCCUCAGCGAGCUAAAGAAGGUGUCCUAAACAUUUCUGGAAGAAGUACCCUCUAUUUCCCAGAAGGAAAAACUGAAGACAUUGUAAAAAUACCAAUUAGAAAUGAUGCAUUUCUUCAAAAUGGGGCCCAUUUCUUAGUACAGUUGGAAAAGGUUGAACUGGUAAAUAUUAUUCCUCUAAUUCCAUCUGUAAGCCCUAGACUAGGUGAAAUCCAAAAUAUCUCAUUAAGAAUUACACCUGACAUUGCAAAUGGAGAAAUUGGCUUUAUCAGCAAUCUUCCAAUAAUUCUGCAUGAGCCAGAAGAUUCCAUUUUUACAAUAAGCUCCAUUCCUUUACACCGAGAUGGGACUGAUGGACAAGCCAUUGUGUUUUGGAGCCUGAUACCUUCUGGCCUCAAUCCAAAAGCAGUAACUAUUGAUGAUAUAAGUCCUUUCUCUGGCUCCGUUGUGUUUUUAUCUGGGCAAAGUGACACAGCAAUCAACAUUACCAUUCAAGCUGAUGAUAUCCCUGAAAUGAAUGAGACUCUAUUAUUGUCAUUGGACAGAGUGAAUGUGGAAAAUCAGAUCCUAAAAUUUGGAUAUACUAGCCGUGAACUGAUCAUUCUGGAAAAUGAUGAUCCUGGGGGGUUGUUUGAGUUUGCUUCAUCUUCCAGAGGACCCUACAGGAUUAAAGAAGGUGAAUCCGUUGAACUCCAGAUCGUCCGGUCCAGGGGAACCCUUAUUAAGCAAUUUCUACGUUACACUGUGGAGCCAAGAGACAAUGAGUUCUAUGGAAAUACAGGAAUCCUGGAGUUUAAACCUGGGGAAAGAGAAAUUAAAAUUACUUUGCUAACAAGGAUGGAUGGGAUUCCAGAGUUGGAUGAAUUUUACUCAGUGGUACUCAAUAGCCAUGGUGAACUACCAAGUAAGCUUGGAAAUGCCACAAGAGUCAACAUAACAAUUCUGAAGAGUGAUGAUCCACAUGGAAUAAUUGAGUUUGUUGAGGAUGGACUGACAGUAACAAUAAAUGAAAGUAAAGGGGAAGACCUCUAUGCUGUGUUCAAAAUUAUAAGAACCCAAGGAACCUUUGGUAAUGUGAAUGUGUCUUGGGCAACUUACCCAGUUUCUGCAAAAGACAUUUCCCCAGAAGAAGGGACAAUUUUCUUUGGAAAUGAGGAAUUUUCAAAAAAUAUCACCAUUUAUUCUGUACCUGAUGAGAUACCUGAAGAAAUGGAAGUAUUCAUCAUUAGACUUUUGAAUACAACAGGGGGUGCUCGAAUGGGAAAUAAAACUACUGCAACCUUGCAGAUUACCAAAAAUGAUGAUCCAAUUUAUUUUGCAGAUCCUGUUGUUGUGAAGGUUCACGAAGGUGGCAUUGCUAAUUUUGUAGUCAUAAGGAACGGCUCCAGCGCCAGUGUUGUUUCAGUUCUCUACGCCACUGUUAAUGGAGGAGCCAGCGCCAAGGAAGGAGACUUCAUUUCUAGUGAAAAGAAUGAAGUGCUUUUGUUUGAGAUUGGAAUAAGAGAACAGAACAUAACUGUGUUUAUCAAUGAUGAUGAUACCCCUGAGUCAGAUGAGACUUUUUAUAUCAUUCUCUUCAACUCUACAGGAGACACAGUAGUCUAUGGACCUGGGAUGGCAACUGUAAUAAUUGAAGCAAAUGACGAUCCAAAUGGCAUUUUCUCGUUAGAGCCUACAAGCAAAGCAGUGGAAGAAGGCAAGACCAAUAAUUUUUUGGUUCUGAGGCACAGAGGCUACUUUGGUAACGUUUCUUUGGCCUGGCAGCUGUUUGAGAAUGAUUCGGCUUUGGACCCCGGGAAGGAAUUCUAUGACGUCUCUGGGCUCGUAUGGUUCCUAGAUGGCGAAUGGUCACGGCCCAUAACUCUUCAUGCCAUUCCUGAUAAAAUUCCUGAAUUCAAUGAAUUUUACGUGCUAAGGCUGGUGAACGCUUCAGGUGGGAUCCCAGGUCCUGGUGGCCAGUUAGCUGAAACCAGCCUUUCUGUGAUUGUGGUGAUCCCAUUUAAUGAUGACCCCUUUGGAGUCUUCAUCCUAGAUCCUGAAAGCCAGGAAAGGGAGAUAGCAGAAGAUGUUCUGUCCGAAGAUGAUAUGUCCUACAUCACCAACUUCACAGUAUGGAGACAGCAGGGAACAUUUGGAGAUGUCCGGAUCGGCUGGGAAAUACUAUCCAGUGCAUUCAAAGAAGGGUUACCGCCAAUGAUUGAUUGCUUAUUACUCGGGAAGUUUUCAAAGUCAGUGCAGUCACAACCUCACAUGCGACGUCAUCAUACUGGAACAGAUGCUUUGUAUUUUAGUGGCGAAGAGGAUGCAUAUGGGAUAAUCGAGCCCGAGUUCCUCAUCGGUAAAAACAGAUCUCUCGGCAACUUCACAUUUUCAGCAUGGGUGAUUCCUAGUGCCAAUAGCGAUGGAUUUAUAAUGGCAAAGGACAAUGGCAAUGCAACAAUGUACUACGGAGUGAAAAUCCACACAAAUGAAUCCCAUAUUUCUAUAAGGCUUUAUUACAUACCAUUGCAAUCAAAUGUGACGUACAUAGCUAAGAUCACAGUCAUGAAAUACUUAGAAGAAAAUAUUUGGCUCCACCUUUUGAUUACACUGGAUGAUGGGAUAAUUGAGUUUUUCAUUGAUGGAAAUCCUGUGCCUGGAAGCCUUAAGAGCCUCAAAGGUGAAGCAAUUGCUGAUGGGCCAGGAAUAAUGAGAGUUGGUGCUGGCGUGAACGGGGGCAGCAGGUACAAAGGGUUGAUGCAAGAUGUGAGACUUUAUGAACGUAAAUUGACUAAGGAAGAGAUCUAUGAACUUCAUGCCACUCCAGCAAGGGCUGACUUGCACCCCAUCUCUGGGUACUUGGAAUAUCGACAGGGAGAAACCAAUAAGUCAUUCAUUGUUUCUGCCAGAGAUGACAAAGAAGAAGAAGGAGAUGAGCUGUUCAUCCUUAAGCUCAUUUCUGUUCAUGGGGGAGCACGGAUUUCACAAGAAGGCACAACCGCAACAUUAAGAAUUCAGAAGAGUGAUAAUGCCAAUGGUCUGUUUGGUUUCACAGGAGCAUGUAUUCCGGAGGUGGCAGACGAAGGUUCCACUGUAUCGUGUGUAGUGGAGCGCACCAGGGGAGCCCUGGACCAUGUUUUUGUGUAUUACAGCACCUCUCAGAUUGAUUCGGAUGGCAUUAAUUACUAUGUUGCUGAUUUUGCUAACACCAGUGGAAUGAUCACAUUUUUUCCUUUCCAGAGAUCAGAGGUUUUGAAUUUACUUGUGCUUGAUGAUGAUAUCCCUGAGCUGAAUGAAUAUUUCCAGGUGACUUUAGUGUCUGCUGUUGCUGGAGAUGGAAAAAUAGGUUCAACCCCAACUAGUGGAGCAAGUAUAGAUCCAGAGAAGGAAACUACCUACAUCACUAUCAAAGCUAGUAACCACCCUUACGGUUUGUUACAGUUCUCUGUGGGGCAGCCUCCAGAAGACAGCGAUGAACUCAUUCUCUCAGCCGUCACAGCACCCCAUAUUACUGUGAAGGAAGAAAUAGGACAUGUCAGGUUGCUUAUUGUUCGAGCACAAGGCCUGCUUGGCAUGGUUCUGGUGCAAUACAAAACAGUGUCAUUAACUGCGUUCAGUCCUCAAGAUUACCAGGGUAUUACAGGCACCUUGGAAUUUCUGCCAGGAGAAAGAUACAAGUACAUUAUCGUUAACAUUACAGAUAAUUCUAUCCCUGAGCUGGAAAAGGCUUUUAAAGUGGAGUUGCAGAAUCCAAACGGAGCAGUUGCUGAACUCUUUAACGGUGGCAGUGGUAGUGGUGAUGGGGAUUCGGACUUCUUCCGUGCUGCUGUCCAUCAACAUGCCAGCCUGGGAAUAGCAUCUCACAUCAUAGUGACUAUUGAAGCCUCUGAUGAUGCUCACGGGGUCUUUGAGUUCAGCGCUGGAUCCUUUGCUGUCAGUGGAACAGAGCUGGAGGAUGGAGCUGGAACAGUCACACUUGAGGUUGUCAGAAAUCAUGGAGCCUUGUCCCAGGUUACUUUGCAUUGGUUCAUAGUUCCAGAUGAUACUGAGGAUCUGGUCGCAAGCUCUGGCAACAUAACUUUUAAUAUAGAACAAAGAAAAGCAAACUUAACGGUGCAGAUCUUGCCUGAUGAAACUCCAGAACUGGACAAGUUGUUUUCAGUUUGGCUCAUCAAUGUUUCCUGCGGACGUCUUGGAGUUCACACGAAUGCUACACUGACAAUUCUUGCAAAUGAUGACCCCUAUGGGGUUUUAAUUUUCUCUGAGAAAAACAGGCCAAUCAAGGUUGAGGAAGAAACCAAGAACAUCACCCUUACAAUAGUACGAUUAAAAGGACUCUUGGGAGUAGUCAUGGUUACAUAUAGAACCAUGGGUGAUGACGAUGAGUCGCCCUAUCUGCCAUCAAAUGUUGCCAGGGCAACGUUGGAACACGACUAUCUUCCCAUUUCUGGAUUUGUAAUCUUUGCAGCCAAUGAAAGUGAGACUGCUAUAGAUCUUCCUAUUCUGGAUGACAGUGAACCAGAGAAAUCAGAAUCUGUGUUUGUGGAGCUGCUUGGUGUUACUUUGAUAGAAGGAGUCCAAUAUCGACCAAUUUCAGAUUCUCCUCGCCUUGGGCCUAAAGGUGAUACAAUUGCUCGCGUUAUUAUCAAUGCCAACGAUGAUGCUUUUGGAACGCUACAGCUCUCGGUGUCAGCCGUGCGAGUGGCUGAAAAUUACAUCGGACCAAUAAUCAAUGUCACAAGAACUGGGGGGAUUUUUGCAGAUGUUUCAGUGAAAUUCAAAGUAGUGCCAAUAACAGCAACUGCUGGUGAAGACUACAGUGUCGCCUCUUCGGAUGUUCUCUUACUGGAAGGGGAGACCAGUAAAGCUGUGCCAAUUUAUAUAAUUAACGACAUCAACCCUGAGGUUGAAGAAUCCUUCCUCGUCCAGCUGCUCAAUCAGACAACAGGAGGAGCAUUGCUUGGAAGCCUUACUCAAGCGGUUAUAACCAUUGAGGCCUCCGAUGAUCCAUUUGGAUCUUUUGUCUUCCAGAUCACUGAAAUCACUGUUGAAGAGCCCGAGAUCAACACGGUGAGGAUAGAUCUGCCAAUUAUUCGCAAUGCCGGAACACUUGGCAAUGUGACUGUUAAAUGGAUUGCCACCACUAACGGGCAGCUUGCUACCAGUGACUUGCGGGUUUUCUCGGGCAACGUUCUGUUUUUGCCUGGGGAAGCCAUGAGAAAUUUGACAUUGGAGAUUGUGGCUGAUGGUGUUCCAGAAAUCGAAGAGGUUAUCAGAGUGGAAUUAACUCAGGCUUCCAGUGGAGGUACUAUUGGUCCAGAUGGAGUGGCAAAUGUUAUAAUUCCUGCCAAUGACAAGCCAUAUGGCAUAGUUUCGUUUCACCGAAACUUGUACCGAGUUCAAGAGCCAAUGGAGAGGAGUUACGUCGCAAACAUAACAGUGAAGAGAAGUGGUGGAACCUUUGGCCAGCUGCAGAUUUUCUACAGCACCUCUGAAAUGGAUGCCAUAACUCUUGCGGCAGAGCAAGGCCUGGAUGCAUUGUCCUACUAUGAAGCACCUGUGCAAGGUAUUCCGGACCAAACUCAGAUGACGCAAGUCAAUGUUUCCUUAGAAAAUGAUUCACUGUAUGCUUGUGCGUCUCUGUGCCUGAAAGAGCCGGCAUGUUCAGCCUUUUCCUCUUCCGGUGCCUCUGGAAUUCUGUCGUGCUUUUGGGUGGCAUCUUGGGAUGGCCAAGCAAGUAACAACUCAGGAUUCUGGACCUACAAGAAAAACCUUACUACUGUAGCUUCUCUUUUGAGUGCACAGGCAAUUGCCAGUAGUGACUUUGAGUCUGUUACAAGGCAAUGGGUGAUAAUGGCAGAAGGAGCAGAGUUUGCAAAUCUCACAGUUACCAUUCUUCCUGAUGAUUUUCCAGAAGUGGAUGAGAAGUUUGUCAUAUCUCUUCUAAAAGUUGUGCUGAUGAACAUCUCUGCCAGCACUGAAAAUCAGCCAAUCGUAGGACAACCAAACACCUCUACAGUUGUUAUUAUAAUGAAUGGAGAUGCCUUUGGUGUGUUUGUGAUCUACAGCAUCAGUCCCAAUACAACUGAGGAUGGUCUUUAUGUGGAAGUUCAAGAAUGGCCUCAGAACACUGUGCAGUUAAUGAUACAUAGGAUGGAAGGUAGUCUGGGUCAGGUGACUGUGGAGUGGAGCAUAGCUGGUGGCACAGCUACCCCGAAUCUGGAUUUCAUAGGUGAUGGAGAGAUCCUCAUUUUUGCAGAAGGUGAAACAAAAAAGACAAUUACACUGAGCAUUCUAGAUGACUCUGAACCUGAGGAUGAUGAAAGCAUUAUCAUCAGUUUGACUCACACCGAAGGUGGCAGCCGUGUUCUACCCAGCUCGGACACUGUCACCGUGGUGAUUCCAGCCAAUGACAAUGUGGCUGGAGUAAUUAGCUUUCAGACGGCCUCAAGAUCUGUCAUUGGCCAUGAAGGAGAGGUAUUGCAGUUUCAUGUGCUAAGGACAGUACCAGGAGCUGGGAAUGUCACUGUUGAUUGGAAAAUUGUUGGGCACUACCUUGAACAAAACUUUGGAAAAAUUUCUGGCAUGCUCUUUUUUUUGGAGGGGUUGUUGAAUGCAACAUUUCAUGUUCACCUGCUGGAUGACCAUAUUCCUGAAGAAAAGGAAGAAUAUCAAGUAAUCCUGCAUAACGUUAGAACUCAAGGGGUCAGUUCUGCUGGAGUUGCAAUCCUGGACAGCCAAGGUUAUGAAGCAGUUUUGACAGUAGAGGCUAGUGAUGAACCACAUGGAGUUCUCAAUUUUGCUUCUUCAUCCAGAGUUGUUUUGGUCCAAGAGGGGAACAAAACCAUCCAGCUUUUCAUUAACAGAGAAUAUGGAUCUCUAGGUGUUAUCAAUGUCACUUAUACAACAGUUCCAGGAUUUCUUGGCUUAAGGAAUCAGACCACAGGGACCUUGGCUGAACCAGGAGUUGAUUACAUACCUGUAUCAGGAUCAUUGCUUUUGGGAGAAGGUGAAACAUCAGCUGUCAUCAAUGUUACUAUUCUAGAGGAUGAUGUGCCAGAGCUUCAAGAAUUCUUUCUUGUUAAUUUAACAUCUGUGGAGCUCAUCAUACAUCCUUUGACAUCUUUCCCACCCAGACUUGAUGUAGAUGGUUUGGCAGCACAGAUAAUUAUUGAUGCAAAUGAUGGAGCAAGAGGAGUAAUUGGCUGGCAAAACACAAAUUUUGAAAUAAGUGAACUGAAUGGAAGCUUGAUGUUAGUGGUGUUCCGGGACCGAGGAUCUUAUGGUAAUGUGUCCUUGUUCUUGUAUGCUCAGAAUCUGGAAGCACAGCAGGGACUGGAUUUUAAUGUUUCCUCAAGGACUCUUUAUUUUGAUGAUGGAGAAAGGUAUAAAUAUGUUGAUGUUAUGAUUUUUGAUGAUGAGAUUCCUGAAGGGAAUGAAAGAUUCCAGCUGAUUUUAGCAAACCCCUCCCUUGGAUUGGAGUUGGGAGAAAACACAACAGCCACAGUUACCAUCCUUGCCAAUGAUGAUGGCCAUGGAGUUUUGUCCUUCAACAAUAGUGAACAUUUCUUUCUAAGCGAACAGACAGCAUUCCAUUUGAUGGAAAAUGUUGCAGUAUUAACUAUUAUCAGGGAACCUCCGCAGGGAAUAUUUGGGACUGUGACUGUCCAGUAUCUUGCACGAGAGAUCAAUUCUUCUGAAGCAUCUGUAGAUUUGACCCCAUCACAAGGCUACCUUGUUUUAGAAGAGGGAGUGAGAUUCAAGACUCUGCAUAUUACUGCCAUACUAGAUGCCGAACCAGAAAUGGAUGAACAUUUCAUCAUUACUCUGUUUAGUCCAACUGGUGGAGCCAGAUUAGGCACAAGAGUAGAAACUUUGAUCACAGUCUUGCAGAAUCAGGCCCCAUUGGGACUUUUCAGUAUCUAUCCAGUUUCAAAUAGGACAAAUUCUCUCAUAAUUGAAGAAGCCAAUGCUACAAUCUACUUCAGAGUAUCUCGGAGCAAUGGGAUCAACACAUCAGUGAGUGUGGAAUGGGAAACACUCUCUGAUACUGCAUUUGGGAUAAAGGGCAGAUCACAUGUUCUGUCCAUCUUACAAAGUUUUCUAGAAGAAUCAAUAUCUAGCUGGUGUUUCUUUAUGGCAGGAGAUUCUUUAUAUGGCCUAAUGUUGCGAAGACAUCCAGCUGUAAAUUCCUUAAUAUACCAAUGGCGAGGAGUUUUUGUUCCUGUUGAGGAGUUUAGUAUUGAGAAUCCUCAUCGCUGUAUUGCAUUUCAAAUCAAUGGCUUGUCCUAUCUAGUAAUUACUCAUGGUGGAACAAAACCUUCUAACAACACUGUCUACUCCUUCACUCCUGGACUCCAGUUACUGCAGAUACAGACUAUCAUGUUGCCAGAUAGCACUGAUAUAAAGUAUUUCAGUUUGAACCAAAACCACUACUUAAUUAUUACAAGUUCUACAGCUGAAUCUAAAUAUCUGCAGAUUUUCCUCUGGGAUAAUGGCAUCUUUGUAUUCCAUCACCAGCUCUCUGUGAAUGGAGUUCUAAGUGUGGAUCUUUUCCCCAGGGGAAGUACUACAUAUCUAGUCAUGGCUCCAUCAGACUCCACACAACCCUCUCUGUUAUACCAAUGGUCAGAUAACAAAUUUAACUUAUUUCAUGAAGUGCCAAUCUAUGGAAUAUCACAAGUCAAAGCCUUGAUUUCUGGAUCGGACAUCUACUUAAUUUUUGCAAACGGGCCUAGUAGUGCAUGUGAAGUGUUUGUGUGGGAGACAGGGCAAUCUUCCUUCAGGCAUUUUCAGUUCCUUUCCAUCAGAGAUGUAAAUGAAAUCCACACAUUUUUUCCACCCUCAGGUUUAGUACACAUACUGUUUGCUGGCAAGGACAAAUCAGCUCUCUAUUCCUGGAACUCCGAAAUAAAUCAGUUCUCUCCAGUGCUGGAUGCCCCUUCAGCCAAUCAUAUCACCACUGUGAACGUCAGAUCUCUUAAUUCCAACAAAAGUCUAAUUGUUCUGACUGGAGAUUCAUACUCCAAUGUUUACGAGCUGACUUCCGUCUCCAACCAAUCAGAUUUUAUACCAAGUUCAGGUGAACUGAUAUUUGAACCAGGAGAAACGGAAGUUGUGAUAGCAAUCAAUAUCUUCGAUGACAAAAUCCCAGAGGAAGAAGAAUUUUUCAGAGUAUGGCUGAAAAAUCCAAAGGGUGGUUCAGAAAUUGGUCCUAAUGGCUAUGUUACAAUAAUUAUACCAGCAAAUGAUGAUGCUCAUGGAGUUGUUGCAUUUGCUCAGAACUCUUUAUUUAAACAAGUAGAAGAAUUGGAACAAGAUACCUUGAUCACCUUGAAUAUUGAACGCUUAAUUAGUACCUUUGGACGUGUUGCAGUUCAGUGGGAGGCCACUGGAAGUAUUAAUGAUGUAUUUCCAACUUAUGGAGUGAUUACAUUUUCAGAAGGUCAAGCCUUGUCCACAAUCACCUUAACAGUCCUUGCAGAUGUCAUUUCCGAAGUUGCAGAGGCAUUGAUUGUAACUCUCACUCAUGUCAGCACUAUGGGCAUUCAGGAUCCUAAAAGAGGAGCUACCAUUGACCCAAACAGAGCCAAAGCUGUACUUACCAUUUUGCCUAACGACUGUCCUUAUGGCAUCGUGGGAUGGCACACAGAUUCUCUCUUUAUUAAAGUAGCAGAACCUGAAGGGAAAUCAACUCUUAUUACUUUACAUGUUCUCAGAGAACAAGGAUUUGUUGGCGAUAUCGUUGUGCAGUUGAUACCUCAGCCUAUUUUUUCACUCCCUCUCGUCAACCAAGCAAUGGAAAACGAGGAUUAUAGGUUGGAAAACAAGACAGUUAUUAUGGCAGAGAAUAUGACAAUGGCUUCAGUAACUGUAGCCAUUUUGCCAGAUAAUGUUCCAGAAUUACAGGAAGGAUUUGUAAUCAAUAUUAGCAGCGUGCACUUGCUGAAAUCUUCUCUUACUGGAGGGCAGCCAAGUGUGAAAAGACUUGACUUGGAAAUAGCUGAGAUAAUGAUAGAAGAAAAUGAUGAUCCCAGAGGAAUAUUUCAUUUCAAUGCUAGCAAGGACAUAAGUGGAAUAGUGGCCGGUUAUGAGGUUCCUCCACCAGAUAAUGUUCUGAAGCUGCCAGUUGCUCGAAGGGCAGGGAAGUUUGGAUUAGUAGACCUGUACUGGGAAGCCACACCUAGCACUGCUAGCCUGGAAGACUUUACACCAUCAUUUGGGAACCUUACGUUUGCUGAUGGACAGGUAGCAGGAGUGAUAGAAAUCACCAUCAUAGAUGAUGAAAUUGUUGAAUUUUCGGAGAUGUUUAGUGUCACCUUACUUAGAGUGACAGGUGGUGCCAGAUUAGGAGAGGACGUGCAGGUGACUGUUGCCAUUCUACCAAAUGAUUCUCCUGUUGGCUUAUUCGGGUUUGAAGAAAAGCAUGUAUCGGUGAAGGAGCCUCAAGCAAUUGAUGAUCCUGCCGCAAAUGUUUUUCUUACUGUAAGUCGGAGUGAAGGUGGUCAGGGAGAAGUUCGGAUUAUUUGGAUUCUGGAGGAGGCAGCUAAGAAUGAACUCACACCUCUCAAUGGAACACUUCUCUUUGCUGAGAUGGAAUCCCAGAAAACCAUAGUUUUGCAAGCAAUUCAAGAUGGUCUCUUGGAAGGCGAUGAAACUUAUGCAGUUCAGCUGGUGUCUACUGAUAGCACAGAGAUCUCACCAAUAAAUGGUAUGGCAACCAUCACUAUAUUGGGAGACAGAGGAGCCUCUGGGGUUGUUGGAAUAGCUUCAUCAUCCACCCAUAUUGUGAUCGGAGAACCCGUAGGAAAGUAUAAUGGGACUGCUUUUAUUGGCAUAGAACGUGGGCCAGGGAUUUCUGGAGAGGUCACUGUCUCCUGGAAUAUAACACCACCUGAGCAAAAGGAAUUUGCAGAGAUAUCAGGGACUUUGACCAUGAGAGACAAGCAGUCUGCUGCUAUUGUACUGUUACAGGCUCUAGAUGAUAACCUCCCUGAGGAAAAACAUCACUAUCAGUUCCAUCUAAGUGGCAUCAGUGAUGGAGGAACCAUAAAUGAGUCUGCCAGCACAGCAAAUAUCACAAUGGCGGCUAGUGACAUGCCGUACGGGCAGUUUGCAUUUUCUCAGGAACUAUUGCAGACAACAGAAGAAGAAAAAUGGGCUAACAUCACAGUUGUCCGUUCACAUGGUUACUAUGGACAAGUUCGCCUCUGGUAUCAGGCAUUGAAUGGAACUGCAUUAGAAGGUGUGGAUUUUGCUGUCAUGUUGUCAGAGCUUACAUUCAAUCCCCUUGAGACUAUUAAAACUAUUUAUGCUGAAAUCUAUGAUGAUGAACUUCCUGAAGGCCCAGAGGAGUUUUUAGUAGAAAUUACAAAAGUGGAACUGCAGGGAAGUGGAUUUGAUUUUAUGAUAAAAGAAAAUGGACUGCAGGUUGACCAGCCCCCUGAAAUAGGAAAUGCUUCGGUAAUGAGAAUCAUUAUAUCAAAAAGUGACAAUGCAGAAGGCAUCAUCGAAUUUGAUCCACUCUAUACAAGUUUACAAGUUGAAGAGGAUGUUGGGAUGAUAAUGAUUCCAGUAGUGCGAAGACGUGGGAAUUAUGGCUCUGUGACUGCAGAUUUCAAAUUGAGAAGUAUUUCAGCUCUUCCUGAUGGUGUUGACUACAGUGUUAUAAAUAAUUCAGUCAUUUUUCAUCAUGGCCAAAACCAGAGUUUCAUCAGUGUCUUAAUCACAGAUGAUGAGGAAAGAGAAGAUGACGAACAGUUUGAAAUCCAGCUAAUAGGUGCCAGCGGGGGAGCAGUCCUCGGGCUCCACCUAGUGACUCAAAUAACUAUUACUAAGAGUGACUCUCCCCAUGGGAUUGUCCGAUUCCUCAACCAAAGCCGAAUAAUUCUCCCCAAUCCUAAUGUGUCAUUGAUGCUGUCCUUGGUGCUGGAAAGAACUGGAGGAUUGAUAGGAGAUUCUCAGAUUAAUUGGGACAUUUUAGGACCAAAUUCAGAAGUAAUUUUACCUGCUCUAAAUAGUGACAUUGGUGACCCAGUGAAUGGAUCAUUUUAUUUUGAAGAAGCAGAAGGAGGCCUGAGAAGUAUCACCUUGGAAAUUUAUCCUUACGAAGAAGUGGAAGUUCAGGAAACCUUCAUUAUUAGGCUGAGCAUUGUGAAGGGUGAAACACAACUAGAUCCCAAGGCUGCCAACAUUACACUAACAAUUCUAAAGUUUGGGGAUCCCAAUGGGAUUGUGCAGUUUGCUUCCGAAUCCUUAUCCCUAAAGUACUAUGAGGAGCCAUCAGCACCACGAGGGCCACUGAGUAUCAUGCUUUUCAUAAAGCGAAUUCAAGGCACCAUGGGGAACAUCACGAUUCACUGGGAACUAAGUAGUGAUUCCGAUACCACCGAUGAUUUCCUUAACACCAGUGGCUCUGUUGUAAUUCCUGAUAAGCAAAGGGCAUCUGAGAUUAUUCUGUCCUUACUGCCUGAUGAUAUUCCUGAACUAGAUGAGCACUAUGUGGUACAGAUUACCUCAGUUGAAGGAGGAGCUGAUAUGGAUCUAGAGAAAAGCACUUCUAGAUUCACUGUUUUUGCAAAUGAUGAUCCCCAUGGGAUAUUUGCCUUGUAUUCUGACAAGCAGUCCGUACUGGUGGAGAAAGAUCUGAGCCGGCACAUCCAGAUUAAUGUAACCCGGCAUGCGGGGACUUUUGCAGACGUGAUUGUGGAGUAUCAGAUUUCGUCUUCUGACGAAGAAAUGCUCGUCGCACCGGCCGGUGCAAUAGGACAACUGCAGAUUAAAGCAGGUUCCAGUUACGGAGUGAAGAUAGUGCCAAUACAUCCCCAGGUAUUUCUUUUCUUGGGCUUGAAUUUCACUCUGGAAUUGAACAACGUAACACUGUUUAAUGUCAGUGCCAAGUCUGUGCCUAAAAUAUUAGAGACAGCAAUGUCAGUCUCUCUUCCAAUCCCAAAGGAAGCUGCCAAUUCUCAGGUUGCCUUUGAUUCUGUUAUCUUACGACUAACAAAUAUUACAGCGGGGACAACCCAAGCUCUGAUAACUCGAAAAGGACUAUAUGGCUCCAUCACAGUCAUCUGGAGUUCUGGAUAUCCACAUGGCCUUAUUCCAGAGUUCCUUCACCCAGGCAGUAUUACACCAGCUUCUGGCACAGUUACUUUUUCCCAUGGUGAACCAAGCAAAGCCAUUUUAUUGCACCUUAUUCCAAAUCCAAGUAGCCCUGAGGCAUUUGCAGUGCAUUUAUCAGCUGUGCACAGCAAUGUAUCAGGUGGGGCUCAUCUGAGAUCAGACUUCACUGUUGCAGAAAUUGAGCCUAUGGGGAUCUUUCAAUUUGCUCCUAGCUCAAGGAACAUUUUAGUGACGGAAAAUGUACAAAUGGUCAAAUUAUAUGUACAAAGACUUUUUGGUUACCAAAGCAACUUCACGAAAGUGUUCUAUCAGACAAUCGCAGGAAGUGCCAAACCACUUGAAGACUUUGAACCUGUUCAUAGUGGAGAGCUUGUUUUUGGACUCCUUCAGGUUGAUGCUGUGUUUGAAAUCUUGAUUAUUGAUGACAGUAUUUCUGAAGGGGAUGAAUUUUUUUUUGUGAACUUAACAUCUGUGGAAGUUUUAGUUACCCAGCAAUUUGACCCGACCUGGAGUCCACGUUUGAACCCAGAGUUUAGUGUUGCAACAGUUACCCUCUUGGCCAGUGAUAUCCAUCAUGGAAUCUUAAGUCUUGGACCAACUAUUAUUUACACUGAAGAAGACACCAACAACAGCACACCCAACACAGUUCAGGUUCAUAUCAGAAGAACUGUAGGGUUUGUGGGAAAUAUCUCAGUAGCUGUCAAAACCUUUGGUGGAAGAAGUGCUCAGAAUGGAACGGGUGCCAUUGUCUCUGGGAUUGUCUCUGGGAUUUCUAACCUAACCUGGGCAAUUGAAGGGGCAGAUUUUGAAGAGCAAACUUGGUUGAUGACGCUGCUGGAUGGAGAAAGAGGAAGCCAAGUGUUUGUCAGAAUUCUUGAUGAUGAUGAGCCUGAAGGACAAGAGUUCUUUCAUGUUGUCCUCUCUGACCCCCAAGGUGGAGCUCAGAUUACAGAAGACGUGGAUGAAUAUGGCUUUGCAGGCUUUGCAACAAUAAUUAUCAAAGGAAAUGACUUUCAGAAUGGAAUUCUGGGAUUCAGUGUUGAGGCACAAAGCGGCCUUGUGCUUGACGAAGAUUCAGAGAAGAGGAAGAUGCAGCUCAUUGUCACCCGGCAACCAAACAGGGCUUUUGAAGAUGUCACCAUCUCUUGGCGUGUGACCUUUAACAGAUCGUCUGUUGUCCUGCAAAAGAAUGGCGCAGAUCUGGCAAAUGAACUGAUGGCUGUCAUAGGGGUUGACAUUUGUACUGCUGGUCAAACGGAAUGCAUUGUUUCUAUUGAGAUCAAACCAGAUGAUGUACCUGAAUUUGAGACCUAUUUUUUUGUGGAGCUGUAUGAAGUAGGUGCAGGUGCGGCAUUAAACAAUACUGCCAGAUUUGCCUACAUAAUUGUUCCAGAAAGCGACGCUCCUCGUGGUCUAGUCUACUUUGCUGUGGGGUCUCGUCUAGCUGUGGCCCAAAAGAAGACCACUUCAAUUAGUCUCCAGGUGGUCAGAGAUUCUAGCACAGCCCUCACCAACUCAGUUGACUACAGGACUCAGGAGCUGAUGGGUCCUGAAGCUCUUGGUCGCAUAGUCAUAUCACCAGCCAUUUCUGGGCAAGAUUUUGUCACAUCUGAAGGCACGUUAUCCUUUGAACCUGGGCAGAGAAAUGCUGUUCUGGAUCUAACGCUCACUCCCAAGACUGGUUCCUUAACUCCAUUUCCGAAACGCUUCCAGGUUGUGCUGUUCAAUCCUACCGGAGGCGCCAGAGUCGAUGAGAUGUACGGUACUGCCAACAUCACCAUUGUCUCCGAUUCAAACUCCCAAGCAGUCUGGGGUCUGGAGGAUCAGUUGUAUCAGCCCCUUGAUGACACUAUUUUGAACAGGGUCCUCCAGUAUUUAAACAUCAAAGUAGUCACAGAAAGCACGGAAGAGCAGCUUGCUGCUGUGAUGCACAUUGUAGAUAAGGUAAUAUCUGAAGGGCAAAAACAGGCACUCACUGAUAAAACCCGAAAUCUUCUGUAUGAGAUUCUCUGUGCACUUAUUAACCCAAAACGCAAGGAUACUCGGGGCUACAGCUUCCUUGCUGAUGUUACUGAGAAAUUUGCUUUUUCUCUCCCAGUUGGGGUAAUGUGUGGAUCACAGGGUGAAAGAGGCAAAACCAUCCUUGACCAUUGCCCUUAUAUUGUAAUCAUGGCCCAUCACUGGUAUCCACAGCAAAUCAACGGUCAUAGAUUUGAUGGAAAAGAUGGUGAUUUUAUCACAGUUCCCGAACGUUUGUUGGAAGUUUCUGCAUCAUCUGAUUCUAAAGAUGAGAACUGCUGGUUCAUUCAAGUCACUGAGUAUAGUAGCCAGCAGUGGUUUAUGAUGGGUGAUAAAGGAACAGCCCUAAAAAAUAAGAUUUUUUCAAUGAGUGUGAAGGGUCUGAGUCCGUUACUCCUGGAAGAUAACAAUGAUGUCACCUACCGGAUUUAUUCUAUAGACAGCCGAAUUGUUCCUCAUAAGUCUUUGUGUCUCCUUUGGAAUCAGGCUGCUGAAAGCUGGUUGUCUGACAGUCAGUUCUGCAAAGUGAUGGAUGAUUCUUCAAAUUAUGUGGAAUGCUCUUGUUCGCAAAUGUCUCUUUAUGCAGCCUAUGCACAGACAGAUAGCUUAUCUUCUUAUAAUGAAGCUUUUUUUUCAUCUGGUUUCAUCUGUAUUUCUGGUUUCAUCUUGGCUAUUUUUGCACACCUCUUCUGUACCAGAUCCUCAAUGUUUGCAGCUAAACUUCUUACUCAUAUGAUGGUCGCCUGCUUGGGUACUCAGAUUUCAUUUCUGGCCUCAGCUUACACAAGUCAGCAACUCUCAGAGGAAAGUUGUUCAGCUUUGGGCACAGUCACCCACUACCUCUACCUUUGCCAGUUCAGCUGGAUGCUUAUUCAGGCUGUUAAUUUCUGGUAUGUCCUUGUGAUGAAUGAUGAGCACACAGAACGACGCUAUCUAAUGUUUUUUCUUCUGGGUUGGGGUCUUCCAGCUUUUGUUGUGAUUCUACUUUUAAUUAUCCUACGAGGAAUCUAUCAUCACAGCCUGUCACAGAUUUAUGGCCUGGUCUACAGUGAUCUGUGCUUUAUUCCAAAUAUUUAUGCAGCCCUUUUCACUGCUGUAUUGGUACCAUUAGUGUGCCUAGUGGUGGUAUUUGUGGUAUUCAUCCAUGCCUAUCAAGUGACGCCCCAGUGGAAAGCUUAUGAUGAUGUAUUCAGAGGAAGAACCAAUGCAGCAGAGAUCCCAUUGGUUUUAUACCUGUUUGCCCUCAUUUCCAUUACAUGGCUUUGGGGAGGACUGCACAUGGCUUACAGACAUCUAUGGAUGUUGGUCUUCUUUGUCAUUUUCAACUGCCUGCAAGGUCUUUAUGUCUUCGUGGUGUAUUUUAUUCUACACAACCAGCUCUGUUGCCCUGUAAAGGCAAGUUACACAGUUGAAAUGAAUGGACAUACAAGUCCAGGUUCUGCGUUUUUCACUCACGGCAGUGGCAUGCCCCCAGCAGGAGGAGAGAUCAGCAAAUCUACUCAGAACCUGAUCACGGCCAUGGAAGAGAUGCCAGCAGACUGGGAGAGGGCUUCUUUGAGGCCGGCCAGCCAGGCCAGUGCUGUCUUUAAGCAGAGCCCACAGAAUGGCACUGCCUAUACCACUCCGGGAGGGUUCAGUACCAGCUCCUUGGUGGCUGAUGAGGAAUCACAAGAGUUUGAUGAUCUAAUAUUUGCUUUAAAAACCGGUGCAGGCCUCAAUCUCAGUGACACCGAGUCCUGCCAUGGCAGCCAAGAUGGAAGCACCAUGGUUAAUUCCCAGAUUGUAGAGCUUAGAAGAAUACCCAUAGCAGACACUCACCUCUAGAACCUCCUUUCUUUUCUUUUCUUUUUUAUUCCAACCUCCAUGUUUUUAUAUCUGUAUUUUCCUUUUGUACUAAACCCCCUCCUCCACUACAUAACAGCUAUGUAGUAGAAUGCUGUGAAUUAUAACUGGACAAUUAACAAGAAGUAUUUUUGUUUGUUUGUUUGUUUGUUUUGUAAAUGAGGAAGGAAACCUUGUAAAUUCUUGCAGUGAGCAACUGGCUCAGGUUUGAACCCAUUAACAUAGAUGCACAUAUUCCAUCAAGUGUAGACUUUUUUUUAAAGUUAACCUGAAUGUGUAUGGCUGUUUUA